AUGGAUGUUCGUUCCAAGACUGGUGACGCUACUGCUAGUGUCUUGCAUGACCGCGGGAAGCCGCCUGACCCGCUGAACAGUUUUGCCAAUAAACCGACCGACCUAGAUGGAUCUGAUUACUUGAAUGAAACGGUGGGUGAGGAGAUGCCUACACCGGGUACAGCACCAAUUCGUGGGAUCGGGUUACGAGUUACUAACAUUGAAGGCAACCCUCUACUUCCGAGAAGAGGUAUGUUUUCUACGUCGAAUGUAUCGGUUUUGGAUGGGUUGAUGAGUAUUUCUAAACCUGUGGAAAACUUAUUUGCUGCUGGAGCAUCUUCGUCGACGACUAGCAAGGAUGAUAAUGCUGGUCAGUGCCAUGAGACUCUUUCGUUUGCUAAUGUGGUCCAAAGGAAUAAGGCGGAUGUUAAAGUGAACUUUCGUUCCUUAGAGACGAGUGAGAAACAGGAUGGGUGUGAUGUGGUCCUUUCUAGGGAAUCGGUCAAAGUUGUGCAUGAUAAGCUUGCUAACACGCUAUAUGGGUAUUUUUUGGGGGACCGGGUUGCUUUUCCCGUGGUGGACUAUUUUGUUAGAAAUAAUUGGAAGCGGUAUGGACUGCAGAAGUCAAUGAUGAAUGCCAACGGAUUUUUCUUCUUCAAAUUUGCGGAUCAAGCAGGUAUGCAAAAGGUUCUUACUGAGGGGCCAUGGAUUAUUCGUUCACAGCCGUUAUUUUUAGAAGUGUGGUCGCCAUCGUUAAAGCUUGAGAAAAAAGAAGUGAAAAAGGUUCAGGUUUGGGUAAAAUUCCAUGAGGUUCCUCUAGCGGCGUAUACGGAGGAUGGUUUAAGUCUAAUUGCUACAACUAUUGGUGUGCCAAAGGCUUUGGAUUCGUUCACCACGUCUAUGUGCGUUGAUGGUUGGGGGAGAAGCAGCUAUGCUCGGGCUCUGGUAGAAAUUUCAGCAGAUUCUGAACUGAAAGAAGAGUUAACGAUUGCGGUUCCUUGUCUUGAUGGGGAUGGGUUUGUAAAGGAGAAGGUCUACGUUGAAUAUGAAUGGUGUCCUCAUAGGUGUGGCCGAUGCUGUGUUUUCGGGCACACCCAUGAAAAUUGUCCUCUGCAGGCUCCUAGAGUGUCAAAAGAUAAAAAACAACAACAUAAGGGUCCGGGUUAUGAUAGAAAGAUGAAGCAGCCGGUUCAGGAUCCUGGUCCGUCAAAGAGGCAAUCCACUGUGGAUGACGAUGGGUAUACUACUGUGCUAGGGAAGAAGGCAGCGAAAAAAGUGGGUUUUAAUGUCAAUAAACCGAAGCCAAAAUUUGAAUAUCGCCCAGUUUCUACUAAUCGGAAAGAUAACGGGAAGUCUAAAUCGGAAUCAACUAAUGUGGUGUCUCGAAAUCCUUUUGAUGCUUUGAAUGAAGUGAAUGAGGAGCAAGGCCAAAGUAGUAAAUCGGCUGGAGAUGGUAAUGAUCCGAGUGCUAAUGAGGAACCGGAUGGGGGUAGGCCAGAUCCGGCCCAAGUAAAUCUGGAUGAUGAUGAGCUUGUUGAUGAUUUUUACGAAGCGGAUGGCUAUGAAAUGGAUGGUUUUUUGAGGCAAGGAAUUAUUAACACUAAAAAAGGGGCAAGCACUCCUUCUGCAUCGGUGCUCAAUGCAAACUACUAUAUUAGUCGGAGGGAUUUGUGGAAACAGCUUUCUUUACAUAAGAAUUUUGUUUCUAAUGAACCUUGGGUCAUUCUAGGUGAUUUUAAUUCGGCGUUGAAUCUUGAGGAUAAAUCUAUGGGUUGUUCCUCGGUGUCCCUGAGCAUGAAAGAAUUUCAAGAGUGUGUGGAUGAAAUUGAGAUGGUAGAUAUAAAACGCACUGGUAUCCAUUUCACGUGGAAUCAGAAACCAAAGAAAGGGAUUGGGCUAAUGAAAAAGAUAGACAGAGUUAUGGGAAAUCCUCAUUUUAUUGAAAAGUUUCUGAGUGCUUUUGCUGAUUUUCAUCCUUCUCGGUUAUCGGAUCACUGCUCGUGUGUGGUUAGCGUCCCGGAUAUGGAAAAUAGAAAACACCGACCUUUUAAAUUUGCUAAUUUCCUGGCGUAUAAACCUGAUUUCUUGCCGAUUGUGGAGAAGGGGUGGGUUGAAGAGCUUAGAGUUAAGCUUGACCGUAUUCAGUGUGAUAUGGAUAAAGAUCCGUCUAGUCUUACGCUGCGAGAGGAGGAAGCUAUUACUAGAAGUGAUUUUCAAACCGCGUUGUUAGACGAAGAGAGGUUUUUGAAGCAAAAAUCUAAAGUGGACUGGUUAGCGGCCGGGGAUAUGAAUACGGCCUUCUUCCACUCGGCACUCAAGAAUAGAGUUCACUAUAGCCGUAUUGAGGUGAUUCGUGAUGUUCGAGGGAAUGUUUAUACGGAUGAGAUGGUUUCGGGAGCUUUUGUUGAUCAUUAUGAGCACUUUUUGGGCUGCCCGGGUAAUCCGACUAUUAGUCCGACUCCUGAUUUGUUUUCUAAAAAGUUAGAGAGGGAUGUUGCUCGCCAUAUGGUCCGACCGGUUACUCCUGAUGAGGUUAAAAGGGCAAUGUUCUCCAUGGGUUCGGAUAAAGCCCCUGGUCCUGACGGGUUUACAGCGGGUUUUUUUAAGAAUGCAUGGCCUAUUGUUGGUGAUGAGGUAUCAAAAGCUGUUAUAGAUUUCUUUGCUACAGGGAAACUUUUAAGGGAAUUAAACCACACGCUUAUUGUUCUUAUUCCCAAGACAUCCUCGCCUUCUGUGGUUACGGACUACCGUCCGAUUGCUUGCUGUAAUGUGCUAUAUAAGUGUAUUAGCAAGAUUGUUGCUGACAGGAUCAAAGGAGUGCUUAAUGACAUUGUGAGUGUCAACCAGUCGGCUUUCGUUCCAGGUAGAAAAAUUUCUGAUAACAUUCUGUUAACUCAAGAGUUGAUGCAUAAUUAUCAUAGGAACAUCGGCCCCCCUAAAUGUGCGUUUAAAGUGGACAUCCAGAAAGCUUACGAUACUGUUGAUUGGGCGUUUCUAAAGAACAUUUUGGUGGGUUUUGGGUUUCAUAGCAGCAUGGUUCAUUGGAUCAUGGUUUGUGUUUCCACGACCACGUUUUCGGUUUGUAUUAAUGGUGAUGUUCAUGGUUUUUUCAAGGGUAAGAGGGGGUUGCGUCAGGGAGAUCCUAUCUCUCCGUAUCUUUUUACCCUUGUGAUGGAGAUCCUCACGGCUAUUCUUCAGCAGACGAUAAGGAUAGACUCUUCGUUUAAGUUCCAUAACAGGUGCGAACGUCAGCAGAUUAUAAACCUGUGUUUUGCGGAUGACUUAUUUAUUUUCGCUAGGGGCGAGAUUGCGUCGGCUAGAUGUAUAAUGAAAGCGCUCAAUUCUUUUUCUAAGAUGUCGGGUUUGACGCCUAAUGUCCAGAAAAGUACAGUAUUUUUCUCUAAUGUUCCAUCGUUUGUUAAAACUGCUAUUCUGAAUAUAAUGCCGUUUAUUGAGGGGUCGUUGCCAGUGAGAUACUUGGGAGUUCCUCUUAUAUCGUCUAAGUUAUUGUACAAAGACUGCCAGGUGUUGGUUGAGAAGCUUGAGAAACGUAUUAUGCAUUGGAGGAAUAAAUUACUUUCGUUUGCAGGUAGACUGCAACUUAUUACUUCGGUAUUGUCUUCUCUGCAUGUUUACUGGUCUUCAGUGUUUAUCCUGCCUGCUCGAGUUGUCUCUAGCCUGGAAGCUUUGAUGCGUAAUUUUCUAUGGUCUCAUGACAGUUCGUUCCAGAGGGGUAGGGCAAAGGUUUCUUGGAAUACUGUUUGUGUUCCUAAGUAUGAGGGUGGGUUGGGGAUUCGUCGUAUUGGUGAUGUUAAUAAGGCACUUAUCUCUGCGCACAUAUGGAGCAUUUUAUCUAAACGUGAAUCGUUAUGGGUUGAUUGGGUUCAUUCGUACAGGUUACGAGGUAAAAGUUUCUGGGCUUGUAAUACCCCUUCUUCUUGUUGCUGGUCGUGGAGGAAAAUUAUUCAGCUUUGGCCGGAAAUGAGGAGUUUUGUUUGGGCUGAGAUUGGGAAUGGUUUAUCGACUUCAGCUUGGUUCGACUCGUGGAGCAAUAUAGGUCCGUUGUUUCAAUUUUUUACUCCGAGACAAAUUGCAAAUGCAGGUUUCAGUUUGGAUGCCAAGGUGGCUGAUUUAUGGUUAAAUUCUUCGUGGGGUUGGCCGAUUGAGUGGAGACAUCGUCUCCCGGCUCUUAAUCAGAUUGAUACUCGAUCUAUUCAGCCGGCUAAGGAAGACAAGUUUUUGUGGCGUCAAGGGGAGCACCUUCAUGAGUUUUCAACGGCUCGGGCUUGGGAUUCCUUUAGACAUCGAGAGGUGGAGGUAGAGUGGUGCCGUAUUGUUUGGUUCAGUCAAUGCAUCCCUCGCCAUGCGUUCUUAAUGUGGCUUAUUAUGAGACGUAAGUUACUCACUCAAGAUAAGAUUUUAAGCUGGGAUAUCUCGCGGAGAAAAAACAUGAACAUGAUGUGCUGUUUGCUUUGUUACGCAAAUCAUGAUUCUCAUAACCAUCUGUUCUUCGAGUGUAAAUUCUCGGAUCAGGUUUGGCACAAAGUCAGACAUAAAGCGGGUAUGGAGUCGGUUGCUUCUAAGUGGGAUGACAUUGUUAAUUGGCUUGUAACUCGGUCCAGGUCGAAAUCAGCGGGAAGCUAUGUUGCAAGAUUAUUGGUAGCCGCCACUGCGUAUCUCAUUUGGCAGGAGCGUAAUGCGAGAUUAUUCAAGAAUGAGUUGAGACCACCAGAAGCUAUUAUUGAUCUUAUUUUCCAACAGGUCCGAUAUAAAUUGAUGGGAGCGAAGCUAAAGAAUUGUGAAAAUGUCCGAAGGCUUCUUGGCGAAUGGGGAAUCAUUGGAGUUAACCUUCAUGAAGAUGGUGGCUGA